UGCGCAAGCGCGUCUCCGUGGCGGCGCUGUCCCCAUCCCCGUGCGGGUGGCAGCCUGCGGAGCCUCGGAGGCAGCGUCAUGGUGGCGGCGCUGUUUGGCUGCUGGUUCCGCUGGGGCCGGGCCCGCCCCGCGGGGGCCAGCACGGCCGGCCCGACUGUGGUAAAGACCUCCAUGAAUCGGUUUCAGAUCGCCCUGCUAGGUGUGGGCCUGCUGCUCAUGCUGCUACUGUACGUGGGAAUUCCAGGCCCUCCUGAGCAGACCUCCUGGCCCUGGGGAGACUCCAAUGUCACAACCCUGGCUGGUCUCACCCCUGGCAACUCCCCGAUGUUUUACCGUGAGGUGCUCCCCCUCCACCGGACACGCAGGGUGCAAGUUGUGCUGCUUCACGGAAAGGCCUUUAACUCCUACACAUGGGAGCGGCUGGGCACACUGCAGCUGCUGGCACAGAGGGGCUACCGGGCUGUGGCCCUUGACCUCCCAGGUUUUGGGAACUCAGCUCCCUCAAAGGAAGCAAGCACAGAGGCAGGAAGAGUGGCGCUCCUGGAGCAAGCGCUGCGGGACCUGGAGGUACAGAAUGCCGUGCUGGUGAGCCCCUCGCUGAGUGGCCACUAUGCCCUGCCCUUCCUGAUUCGAGGCCACCACCAGCUGCAUGGAUUCGUGCCCAUUGCACCUGUCUACACUCACAACUACAGCCAAGAACAAUUCUGGGCCAUUAAGACCCCGACUCUCAUCCUGUAUGGCGAACUGGACCGCAUUCUUGCUAUGGAGUCCAUGCGGUAUCUGCGUCACCUGCCCAACCACACUGUGGUGAAGCUGCGUGAUGCGGGUCACGCCUGCUACAUCCACAAGCCUCAUGACUUCCAUCUCGUCCUCCUUACCUUCCUUGACCACCUGCCUUGAGCUCACCCACUGUCCAGGUCCCAGUCUUGGCCUGAGUUUGGAGGGUCUGAACCAGUCCGCCCCACAUCCCCACCCAGGGAGGCAGCCCUUGGGUUGGAAGGCAGAGACGAGAGAGCCCUGCCUUCUCGUUUCAUCUCACAGGGAAAAUAAAAAGCAUUUUUGUCAGGUC